AACAGCUUCACUGAACUUGUGUCUAAUAGGUGAGGCCAUUGCUGUGGCAAGGUUGGGGGUUAAUUUUGGUAUUUUUGACUUUUUUCAAUGCAUUUGUCUGGAAAAAGACCAUGGAAGACUCUCCUCUGCCUCUGCUGACGGUGCCAACAGCUCCUUACAGUGACCAGAAAUCAGGAACCAGUGGAUUACGGAGGAAGACCUUUUAUUUUGAAUCCAAGAUGAACUAUUUGCAGAACUUUAUCCAGAGUAUAUUUUAUUCCAUAGACCUAAGGGAUCGACAGGGAUCUUCCAUGGUGGUUGGAGGUGAUGGGAGGUACCUCAAUAAGUCUGCAGUGGAACUCAUAGUCCAAAUGGCUGCUGCCAACGGGAUCGGGCGCUUGGUCAUCGGGCAGAAUGGUAUCCUGUCCACCCCUGCCGUGUCCUGCAUCAUCAGGAAGAUCAAAGCCAUUGGGGGCAUCAUCCUCACAGCCAGCCACAACCCUGGGGGCCCCAAUGGGGACUUUGGCAUCAAGUUCAAUAUUGCCAAUGGAGGUCCUGCUCCUGAAGGCAUCACUGAUAAAAUCUUCCAAAUCAGCAAGAAAAUUGAGGAGUAUGCCAUCUGCCCAGAUCUCCAGGUGGAUUUGAGCACCAUUGGGAAACAGCAGUUUGACUUGGAGAACAAAUUUAAACCAUUUACAGUGGAAAUUGUGGACUCUGUAGAAGCUUAUGCAAACAUGCUGAGGAACAUCUUUGACUUCAAUGCCUUAAAGGAGCUGCUGUCAGGGAAAAACCACCUCAAGAUUCGCAUAGAUGCUAUGCACGGAGUUGUGGGCCCUUACGUGAAGAAGAUCCUGUGUGAGGAGCUGGGAGCCCCAGCAAAUUCAGCUGUGAACUGCACUCCACUGGAGGACUUUGGGGGACACCACCCUGACCCAAACUUAACCUAUGCUGCUGACCUGGUGCAGACCAUGAAGACAGGAGAGUAUGACUUUGGAGCUGCCUUUGAUGGAGAUGGGGAUCGGAACAUGAUUCUCGGCAAACACGGCUUCUUUGUCAACCCUUCCGAUUCCGUCGCCGUCAUCGCUGCCAACAUUAUGAGUAUCCCAUAUUUCCAGCAGACUGGAGUCCGAGGCUUUGCCAGGAGCAUGCCCACCAGUGGGGCUCUGGACAGGGUGGCCCAGGCUGCAAAGAUUGCUUUGUAUGAGACUCCAACUGGCUGGAAGUUCUUUGGAAACCUGAUGGAUGCAAACAAACUGUCUCUGUGUGGAGAGGAAAGUUUUGGGACUGGGUCUGACCACAUCCGUGAGAAGGACGGACUGUGGGCUGUCCUGGCCUGGCUCUCCAUCCUGGCCUCCCGCAAGCAGAGUGUGGAGGACAUCAUGAAGGAUCAUUGGCAGAAGUAUGGCAGGAACUUCUUCACCAGGUAUGACUAUGAGGAGGUGGAUGCAGAUGCAGCCAACAAGAUGAUGAAGGAUUUGGAGACAGUGAUGUUUGACCGCUCCUUCGUGGGGAAGCAGCUGUCCUCUGGUGACAAAGUGUACACAGUGGAGAAAGCUGAUAACUUCGAGUACAACGAUCCUGUGGAUGGAAGUGUCUCCAGAAACCAGGGCUUGCGGCUUAUCUUCUCCGAUGGCUCCCGCAUCAUCUUCCGGCUGAGCGGCACCGGCAGCGCUGGAGCCACCGUGCGGCUCUACAUCGACAGCUACGAGAAGGAUGCUCAGAAGAUACAUCAAGACCCACAGGUGAUGUUGGCCCCUCUGAUUUCCAUUGCACUGAAACUCUCACAGCUCCACGAAAGAACUGGCCGCAGUGGUCCCACCGUCAUCACAUAGAGCCACACUGUGCUGGAGUCACCCUGGGGAAGAAGUCAGCCUGUGUCCCCUUUUUUUGUCAAAUCUGUCACUAAAAGAGGAAUAUUAAUUUUGUGCCUGUAUUUAAGACACUGUUGAGCUGCAAAGGAUAGACAAUAAACCCCAACCCCUCAGCA